AUGAGACAAACUGGGACAUCAUCUUUCCGCUUCUGCACUCUUCAACUCACAGUGUUGUUGGCAGUUUUUUCAUCUGAAAUUACAUUUGUUACAGCUGGGAAUUCAAACCCAAGCCUCGGAACAAACUCUUCCAUUGGCAACCAAACUAAUAGGAAGUGUGAUUCAGUGGAUACUGAAUGCAAAGUGGGUGUCAUUCUGCCCAUAUGGUUACCAGAGAACCCAUCCUUUGGUGAUAAACUGGCAAGAGCCACAGUUUACUUUGUGGCCUUGUUUUACAUGUUCCUGGGGGUCUCUAUCAUUGCGGAUCGCUUCAUGGCGUCCAUCGAGGUAAUUACAUCACAAGAGAGGGAGAUCACCAUCAAGAAACCAAAUGGCGAAAAAGUGACAACCACUGUGCAUGUAUGGAAUGAGACGGUGUCCAACCUGACCCUUAUGGCCCUGGGUUCCUCAGCCCCGGAAAUCCUACUGUCCGUCGUUGAGGUGUGCGGUCACAACUUUGACGCAGGUGAUCUGGGCCCGAACACCAUCGUUGGUAGUGCUGCUUUCAACAUGUUCGUUAUCAUUGGAUUCUGUGUUUCUGUCAUUCCUGAUGGAGAGCACCGGAAAGUCAAACAUUUGAGGGUAUUUUUUGUUACCGCCACCUGGAGUAUAUUUGCAUACACCUGGCUUUAUCUCAUCUUGGCUGUCAUCUCACCGGGCAUCGUACAGGUGUGGGAGGGCCUUGUCACACUGUUCUUCUUCCCGUUAUGUGUUGGGAUGGCUUACGUCGCGGAUCGCAGACUUCUUGUCUAUAAGUACAUGUACAAACGCUACCGCGCAGGGAAACGAAGAGGGGUGAUCAUUGAGACGGAAGGGGAGGCUCAAAUACCUUCAAAGAUGGACAUUGAAAUGGACGGGAAAAUGCUCAACUCAGAGAGCUUCAUGGACGGAGCGAUGGGUUUCGAUGAGAAGGACCUGGAUGAGGAGGAGGCCAGAAGGGAAAUGGUCCGGAUCCUGAAGGAACUGAAGCAGAAGCAUCCAGAGAAGGAGACGGAGCAGUUGAUAGAACUGGCCAACUACCAGGUAUUGACACAGCAGCAAAAGAGCCGCGCCUUCUACCGAUGCCAGGCUACCAGGAUCAUGACGGGAGCAGGGAACGUACUGAAGAAGCAUGCAGCAGACCAAGCCAGGAAAGCUGUUGGUGCGUACGAGAUCCGCUCCGAAGUCUCUGAGGAUGACUUUUCGUCAAAGGUCUUUUUUGACCCCGGUACAUACCAGUGCUUGGAGAACUGCGGUACAGUGGCCUUGAAUGUAGUACGCCUUGGUGGGGACUUGACUAACACUGUUUCAGUGGAAUACCGUACCGAAGACGGCACAGCCAAUGCCGGAUCGGACUACCAGUUCACUGAGGGCGUUGUGGUGUUCAACCCCGGUGAGACUGAGAAGGAGAUCCGGAUAGACAUCAUUGACGAUGACAUCUUUGAGGAGGAUGAGCAUUUUCUGGUCCACCUUAGCAACGUGAAGGUCAUAUCGGAGGGCACUGGCUACGUACAACCAAGGGCUAAUCACUUGGACACUUUGGCGGGCCUUGGCCUACCCUGCUCAGCCACCGUGACUAUCUUUGACGAUGACCAUGCCGGGAUCUUUACUUUUGAAGAACCGGUAAUGACCGUAAGCGAGAGUAUCGGCAUGAUGGAAGUAAAGGUUCUUCGUACCUCAGGAGCGCGGGGACUAGUGGUCGUACCCUACAAGACCAUGGAGGGUACAGCAAAAGGAGGGGGAAAAGACUUUGAAGAUACGCACGGAGCGCUGGAAUUCCAGAAUGAUGAGAUUUUCAAAACUAUACAGAUCAAUAUAAUCGAUGACGAGGAGUAUGAGAAAAACAAGAACUUCUUCCUUGAGAUGGGAGAGCCUCGGCUGCUGGAGAUGAGUGAGAGGAAAGCUGUGUUGCUUCAAGAAAUUGGUGGAUUCGUGAAGACAGACAAAAGGCUUUAUGGCAGGGACGUCUACCGGAAAGUGCAGGGUAGGGAUAACCCUGUCCCUGCCACCAUUAUCAGCAUUGCAGAGGAAGGGGACGAGGAAGCUCUCUCCAAGAAGGAGGAGGAGGAACGGCGCAUCGCUGGGAUGGGCCGGCCCACCCUGGGGGAGCACGUCAAACUGGAAGUCGUCAUCGAGGAGUCGUAUGAGUUCAAGAACACAGUGGAUAAGCUGAUUAAGAAGACCAACUUGGCUCUAUUGAUUGGAACCAAUAGCUGGAGGCAGCAGUUUAUGGAAGCUAUCACAGUCAGCUCUGGCGAUGAUGAUGAGGACGAGUGCGGCGAGGAGAAGCUGCCCUCCUGCUUUGAUUACGUCAUGCACUUCCUCACCAUCUUCUGGAAGCUCCUGUUCGCAUUUGUGCCGCCCACCGACUACUGGAACGGCUGGGCCUGCUUCGUGGUCUCCAUCAGUAUGAUUGGCCUGCUCACCGCCUUCAUUGGAGACCUGGCCUCCCACUUUGGCUGUACCGUGGGCCUCAAGGACUCCGUGACCGCCGUGGUGUUUGUGGCGCUCGGGACGUCUGUGCCAGACACAUUUGCCAGCAAGGUAGCCGCAAUCCAGGACCAGUACGCCGAUGCCUCCAUCGGCAACGUAACGGGCAGCAAUGCCGUCAACGUCUUCUUGGGCAUCGGCGUGGCCUGGUCCAUCGCCGCCAUCUACCACAAUUCCAAGGGCAACGACUUCCGGGUGGACCCGGGCACCCUGGCCUUCUCCGUCACCCUAUUCACCAUCUUCGCCUUUGUCGCCGUGGCCGUGCUCAUGUACCGGCGCCGGCCCGAGAUUGGGGGCGAGCUGGGUGGGCCCCGUGGCCCCAAAAUCGCAACCACCUGUCUCUUCUUCAGCCUGUGGCUCAUGUACAUUGUAUUCUCCUCCCUGGAAGCUUAUUGCCACAUCAAGGGCUUCUAACUUCUCUAUAAAGUAUC